AUGCUCUUUCCCUCGUCGCUCGUUCUUUUCGAGGUACUCGUGAGUAGUACCCUCGCAGCAAUUCAACUUCCUCUACUAGCGCAUGAAGACCAAUCGCAAAAAACGCCCCUUAAUGAGGUAUUCGACCAAAAGGUGAAAUGGGCCCGCGAACACUUUGACAUCCCAGGCUUGGCGGUUGCAGUGGUUCGAGAUGAUGUUUUUUGCAAAGGCUACGGCGUUUCGGAUAUCCAUAUGUCGAAGCCAGUAACUGAGCAUACGCUGUUCUUCACUGGGAGCACGACAAAGGCCUUCACAUCUGCGGCUAUAUCUCUUCUAGUCGAAGAUGAUGGCAAUCACCCCGAGAUACGAUGGGACACACCGGUCCAUACUAUUCUUCCCGCCGAUUUUGUUCUCAAUGACCCUUGGUCUACGGCUCACACAACGAUCGCUGAUAUACUUUCUCAUCGCUCUGGUCUACCACGCCAUGAUUGGGUUUGGUUGGCCAACAUCACUCUCCAAGAGGUGGUGCAAUCGAUGAGGCAUCUUCCUCUCACAGCUGAACCGCGGACAAAAUGGCAAUAUUGUAACCUCAUGUACAGUGCAGCAGCGCAUCUGAUUGAGAUUGUGACAAACCAAUCUUUACACACAUUUCUAACAAAGAACAUUUGGCAACCUCUCAACAUGUCGGAGACGUAUCUUUCUUUCUCUGAGGCACAAGACACGCAUCGCGACAUCUCUCAAGGCUACUAUGUUGACUCGAAUGGUAAAAUUGCCUCAACCAACCAGGUAUUCUCAGAUACCAUUCGGGGGGCAGGCAACGUACUAUCUUCUGUAGCAGACUACGCUAAAUGGGUUUCAGCUAUUUUGAAUCGAAAACCGCCGCUUUCGAAAACAAGUUACGCUACCCUUUUAGGUGGGCACUCAAUCAUAUCGCCCAAUCCAAUUGAGCCAUUCGGAUCCCCUUUACUGUAUGGUCUAGGGUGGAUGUCGCAAACAUAUAAAGGCGAGCUGCUGGUCUUCCAUGAAGGGGCACAGUUUGGGUACGGAGCAUGUGUUAUACUCUUGCCCCGUCGAAAACUCGGACUCGUGGUUCUAGGUAACAACAUGAUUGGUAUCAACGCAGCGGCGAAUCUACUUGCAUUUCACCUUAUUGAUGAAGAAUUGGGAAUCCCUAAGAAUGAUCGGUUUGACUGGGUUACAAGCGGUGAUAAAAUCAUCAAUGACACCAACCUUCCCGAUAACAUUAUAUCGGAGCUCUAUCCUAUGACCCCUAAUCCUCCGUUGCCAAACCCUCUCAACAUAUCCGCUUAUGAAGGAACAUACACGCAUACAGCCUAUCCAGACCUCAGGGUAUCUAGCAGCUGCUCGGAACGCGAGACAGCCAUUCAGGGGCUGCAGCGGAAAUUACCUGACCUCUGCGUCUCGAUUGUGAAAUAUAACCUGUAUUCCCAGUAUCUCAUUAACGACCUAUUCCAUGUCUCUGGAAUGUUCUGGGUCCAAAUUGCCACGCGCUGGGGAGUUACCAAUGCGACGCGGGUGGAAUUCCGGGUUGAUUCCAAGGGGAUGGUAAGUUGGCUGGGAAUCGAGAUUGAACCAUUGAUGGCGGUCCAUGGGGAGAAAAUCUGGUGGAAACACUCAUGA